AUGAUACUUUUACGAAAAUCAGUCGGUGCAUUUUUGAAGAAUGGAUCGCAUUUCGUAGCUGAGGGCCGCAUUAUCACCUCGCGAUGCAAAAGCAUCAAAGCACCAGUUUCGAAAAAGUCUGUCAAGCUUAAACCUAGCUUAAGCAAGCUUGAAAAGUCAAAGAAUGCACCGAAAGCUCGAAUAUCCAGUCCCAUAAAGAAUAACCACAAUAUCACGCCGCAUCAAGAGGCAAAGAACCCUGUUUUAAAGAAGACCAAUUUAAAAGCUGGUGAUGAAGUGAAGUCAUCUAAGCAAUCAAGCAAAGACCCAGAAAUCAAAACUAAGAAGCCAAAACCUGUUUUUGUUUCGGCAGAAGGACGGCAGAUCAAGAAAGUCAAGAUCUUAUCAUUUGUCAAGCAAUUAUCAACUUCAAAACUUAGCAAGGAUGUACAAACUGAAAGUGUGGAUACUGUAAAUUCGGUAGCCAAAAAUUUACAAAGGGGGAAGAAACCACUUGACAAAAGGCAGAGUGAGCCGCCCUCAUCAAACUCAGUGAAGUCGGUCUCCGAAAGUCGCCCGAGUGUGCUGAGGGAACCUACAAACAUCAAUAACGGCUUGAAAAAGGUGCCGGACAAGUCAGAACCGACUCUACUGGGCCUCCGGUCAGCGUCUGAUGCACAGAGUGGCAUUCCGUUAAAGAAGACGGGAAAGGCUUUGCCAUCUGAAAUGAAUCAAACCAAUGCCACGACAUUAUCUCCUAAUGAGCUCGUUGCUUCCGUUACGGAAAAUAGAUUGACAGAGACGGAGUCUACGAUUAGCAGUAAACAGCUUGCAACUAAUGAAGAGUUGACACCGGAUGAUUCACGCAUUGUCAAUCCCAAAGUUGAUUCAAAACUUCACAAAUCCGUCAAUUGGACAACUUUUCUUUACGAUAUAUUCGGCACCACAUCCACAAAAAAAGUUGUUCAGCUAGUCCAUCCCUCAAGAUACGAGCAACGAGCUGACGAGUAUUCAUAUGAAACAAUGAAAAAGAAAAAGGCUCUUGAAAUGCAGCGGAAUAAACCCAAUGUGAGAGGGUUUAAAUUUAUCAACUACGACAAAUUGAUUGAGUUGGGCGUGGGGAGGUUUGAAUUUGACAAGGAAGAAGUUGGACGUGAAUUGAAGGUGUCUGUCAAUAACCAGCAUUUGAUAUUGGUUCAUAACAGUUUGAUCCCAGCCAUCACAAUCAAACAGCCCGAAUGUCUCACCUUCCGCAACCCAACAGGGUUGGUAGCAUUGGAGCAAAUCGGUCGACUGUUGUUUUUCGAGUAUUUUGUCAAAUGGUCAUUGAUGAGUGGGUUUAAUCCGCACCAAACGUGGGCCAAAUUUUCGAACGAAUGCAAAGGCUUGCAGUUUGUUCAAUUGGAUGAAUCGGCAACGAUACUAUUUCAAGGUUUGCAACCUUUGAAUGUAUUUGUUGCGAUGGUUUACUUGGAGGACAAAGACUACGAUUAUGCGAUAAUGAAAUUUCUCAACCCGUUGGUGAAACCACAGAAAAUCAGCACUGGUUUCACUACACAGCUUCUAAUUGACAAAUAUAUACCAUAUGUUAAUGCUUAUUUGCAAGCAUUCCCCGCGCCGAUUGAUUUCAACAUUUUUUCACAAGUGUUUCGGCCCCAGUUGUUGCAUUCAUUACCAAUAAAGUUGCCAGCAAUGCCGAAAUUGCAUAAUCGGGAGUUGUAUAAAUUUGCAGAAGUUUCACUUCUUUCAUCUCGAAUGUCAGCGUUUGCUCAGUACCCGAAGUUGGUAUUACUUCGGGAAAGGCUCGACUCAAUGGGGGAUGCCGUACUCAAGCGCUAUUCAGUGGAAUUCAUGGUGCAUUAUUCCAAAACAAAUCUCAAGUUCAGAUGGAAUAUGAGCGACGUGGAUUUUAUCAACACCAACAUUGUGUUUAGCCGUCUCUCAUUUGCCUAUAAAUUAUACCGUGCUUUAAAUGGUCACAAGAACCAAGAACUGAUGAACCAAAUUAUCACGAGCAGUAACUUGGAUGUUGCUAAUGAAUUGUUGGGCGAUAUGUUUGAAAGAAUGGUUGCCAUUGAGUACUUGGACGACCCUGAAGUGUGUCGUACUUGGAUUUUCAAAAUAUAUGAAGUCAUGCUAGCCAACUUGACAAAGGAGAAAGACAGCAUUGAGUUUUUUGAUAAGGAAAAGUUUAUCGAGCUUUAUCAACACCAAUUGAAAACGAAAACCAUGUACUAA